AUGGUCGAAAGGGAGCUGGUGAAAUCAGAUGACUAUGAGGCCACUUCUCUUCCCCUCACUGCCCUUUGUAUCGUAUCAGAUAAAAAUAAAUGUCCAAAAGGUUUUACUCCUAUUACUCGAUGCCACGAUGAUGGUAGUGAUGCAGAUUUGUGGCGUGAAAGUGCGUUCUCACUAUGGUCACGUCCUGUCCGGUAUUUAGCGAUCAGUCGUGAGAUUCCAGAAGCGACUAUAAGAGGUACAGUAUCUGUAGUUACUGACAUAACGGUGGUAAAGGAUACAGAUCCCAUACCUCAUGGAUUCAUUGCUAUUGAUUAUUGUGCAGAUUCACGUGAGAAAUCGUUACGGAAACGUUUCAUAUGUUUGAAGACAGAGCCACGCGAUUCUGUUGUGGAUGCUGUUGGAGAAGUUAUUAUUCUGAAUAAGCAGAAAAAGACACCAAGGGAUUUCACAUUAGCUGGUGAAGUAGACGGUGCUGCCAUUUGUUUCCGCGUUGUUGUUGUCCCACCUGCCUUUGGACUCAAACACAGCAAAAGCGACCGUGCCAUAUCCAACAACACUGGACCACAAGCUCCACCACCCAUAGGUCUUUAUCCACAGCUUGGACAGUCUGGGUCCACUCCAUCUCUGGUCACGAAACCUGAUGUAAAUAUGUUUACGAUAAAGAAUCCUGCCAUUACGAAAAUUCGAGGUGAAGAUGGCGUACCUUUCAAGCUGAACCCUCAGCUUGCUUCUAGACUGAAGGCUCCUGUGAAUGAUAAUAUUCCCGAUCCUACGAUCUCAUUUGAUAUUCGUCGGUUGGAUUCGGAUGAGUUCAACUAUUCGUUUGCUCUGGAACGGGCCACACUUGCCAAUUCCUAA